ACUGGCAGUGCUGUUUCGUUCAAUUUUAUUCUGUCAGUCAUAUUCAAAAUGUACAACAACUUAACGAACAUGGCGUUCGGCUGUCAAAAGUGCACGAAUGCUUAUUUCUAGUCUUUGGCGAAGUUUGUGAAAAUCGGAACACAUUUUACAGUCGUUAUUGUGCAUUUAUUAUAUUUUAUUAUCUUAAAUUCAAUUAAAAUUAUUAAAUUUUUAACAAAAUGUCGAUUGGAGUGCCAAUAAAAGUUCUACACGAAGCCGAAGGCCACAUUGUCACUUGUGAAACAAUUACCGGCGAAGUUUACAGAGGAAAACUAAUCGAGGCAGAGGACAAUAUGAAUUGUCAAAUGACAAAUAUCACAGUUACAUACCGUGAUGGACGUACUGCAAAUUUAGAAAAUGUUUAUAUUCGUGGUUCAAAAAUAAGAUUCCUUAUAUUGCCGGACAUGUUGAAAAAUGCUCCUAUGUUUAAAAAACAAACGGGUAAGGGGCUCGGUGGGACGGCCGGCCGUGGUAAAGCAGCGAUUUUGCGCGCACAAGCAAGAGGAAGAGGUGGCCGCGGUGGUCCUGCGGUGGGUGGCAGAGGCGCACCACCUGGAGCACCGGGUGCUGGACGUGGUGCUUGGCAAGGUGGACCUACUGGUGGUCGUGGACGCGGCGGCUUGUAAAUUUAUUUUCGAUAUAUAAAAUCCAUUUAAUUUUCUUCGAUUUAAGUGAAUUUUUAAGCGCAGUCGUAGAAUAAACAAAUUAACUUUAUAUUUAUUAAAUAUAUUAUUUUAAUUGUAAGAUUCUACAACAAUACAAACUAAACAUUUUAGUUAUAUGAACUAUUGAGAAACAUUUUCUGGAAAUUAUAAGUUUGAAGUGUAUUUUUUGUGUUUUUAAUGCUGAUUUAUAAAUAAGAGUGGAGAAGCAGUGUCGAGUUCUUUAA